AUGGAGGAAAACUAUAAACAAGCAAAGGAGGAUUUUGUGUCUGGAACUACAGGGUCCUCUAUAACACACAUCAAUGCCAUCUCCCUCGUCGCACUGACUUCUGUCGCUCUCUACGCUGCCGUCCAAACACGCUCUCGAAUGGCAAAAUCAAGCACGGGGUUCUUUGCGUCGUGGGUGCUUCUCAUUCUGCCCAUGCUGUCCUCUAUGACGGUCGCGGCCGAGUACCCGCGAGUCGUUUGGUUGAGUAUAAUUCUGGCAGGGUCCACUGGGUGGGUGCUGAGGAUGCCAUUAGUAGAAAGAGGGACGCCGUUGCCUUCCAGUCAGAAGUCGCCUGCGCGUAGGGUUACCCCAGGUGUUGGCGGGACGGUUGACGUCGACGUUGGUGUUAGUUCUGGAAGAAGAGACGGUGAGGCUGGGUGGAGGAGCAUGCACGAGAAGCAGAGAGCUGUCAGGCUACCACCAUUACCUGCGUUGACAACGUACAGGGCACAUAUGAUGCUGAUGACGGUCCUUGCCAUUCUCGCCGUGGACUUUCCUGUGUUUCCGAGAUCGUUGGCCAAGUGCGAGACGUUUGGCGUGUCCUUGAUGGAUCUUGGGGUCGGUUCAUUCGUAUUUUCUCAAGGCGUAGUUUCUGCUAUACCACUCAUCAAAGACCCUCGCUACCUCCGUGCUCCACUCAUCCCGAAGUUACUAAAAGUUGUACGGAAAUCGUUGCCUAUCAUUGCGCUGGGAAUAGUGAGGGUGUUGCUCGUCAAAGGCACAGAGUAUCCGGAACAUGUCACCGAGUAUGGUGUCCACUGGAAUUUCUUCAUUACUCUCGCUCUCUUACCAGUUCUUCAAGUUCUGUUGCAUCCCUUGCUUGCUUGUUUCCCGAUUUCAAACUCGGUUCUUGGCGUCGCGAUCGGUGUUGUCCAACAAAUCGCAUUGUCGGAACACGGGUUCGGCUUGCAGAAUUACGUUCUUUUGGCGCCCAGGACGUCGGUGGUAAGCAUGAAUAAGGAAGGACUGGUAUCGUUGCUUGGCUACCUCUCCAUUCAUCUCCUUGGUCUCUCAACCGGGACGAAAGUCUUACCGCCAACACCAUCCUUCUACGGCCGGCGUCAAAAAGCACUCGCCAAGUCUCUCGAUAGUGGGGUGGGCGGUGGAAGAAAGCGACGGAACAGUGACCCCAUGGACAGCGACGAAGAAGAGGAGGAGGAUGUAAAAGGCAAACUCAAGCAAGGUAGCGGGAGCCCGACUGACCUUGACUUGUCGGCGCCUAGACAACUGGACAAGACGGCAACGGAGCUAUGCGGGUAUUCGAUCGUCUGGUGGGCGCUUUUCGGCGUGGCACGGCUAACCGGUGUGGAUGGCGGGUGGAGAAGGGGAGAUGGAGGUGUUUCAAGGAGGAUGGUCAACAUCUCGUAUAUAUUCUGGAUAGCGGCUUUUAACGUUUCGUUCUUGCUGUGCUAUGUCGUCGUUCUAGACCUAUGGAUAUAUGCAAAAGGCCCCUCGAAAGCGAACACCCAGAAGAGGUUGGAUAAAGAUACGACGCCUGCUAUGGUCGAGCACGAGAAUCCGCCCAGGUUGUUGGAAGCAAUUAAUGAUUAUGGCCUGUCUGUUUUUUUGUUGGCGAAUGUUUUAACUGGACUUAUAAACCUGAGCAUGUCCACAAUGUAUAUGUCGGACGCGAAAGCCAUGUUCGUCUUGAGUUUGUAUUCGAUGGUGUGCUGCGCGGUGCCUUGGUUUCUUAGCAGCAACAAGAGAAAGAGAAUGGACACUUCGAGUCUAGGCGUUGUGCAGUCGGAGAAUAAAUACAAAUAA